CAAUGGCCUCACUGGAGAAUAUGGCAUUUAUCUCUAAUGCUGUGAGCUUAUUCACUUACUUCCAUGGAUACAUGAACUUCAGCUUGACAAAGUCGGCCACUACACUAACAAACCUCAUGGGAACAGCCUUUUUGCUGUCAUUAUUCGGAGGGUUUAUAUCUGAUACUUACCUGUCAAGAUUCAAGACUUCCAUUCUCUUUGGAUGCAUAGAAGCUGUGGGACUUGCUGUCCUGACAGUGCAAGCACAUUUUCCACAACUAAGACCAAUUCCCUGCAAGGAUGCAGCCACGCUGAAGUCGACUCAAUGUGAGGCAAUAACCAGAAGCCAAGGAGCCCUCUUAUUUGCAGGUCUCUAUUUGUUCGCGUUUGGCAACAGCGGAGUAAAAGCAGCAUUGCCAUCCCUGGGAGCCGACCAAUUUGAUGAAAGGAACCCCCUGGAGGCACCUAAACUUGCCAGCUUCUUCAACUGGUUGUUAUUCUCCAUCACCACCGGAGCAAUGCUUGGGGUCACAUUUUUAGUAUGGAUAAGUACAAAUCAGGGAUGGGAUUGGUCAUUUGGUGUUUGUACUAUUGCUGUAACAAUGGGACUUCUGUUCUUGAGCAUGGGAAGAUCAAUCUACCGGAAUAAUGUCCCCAAGGGAAGUCCAUUUGUUCGUAUUGCACAGGUUUUUGUUGCUGCCAUUAGAAACAGAAAUCUUCCGAUGCCAGAAUUGGCAGAUGAUUUACACCAGAUACGUGACAAAGAAGCCAGGAAAGGAAAUGAGAUUGAGAUUCUUGAGAGAACUGAUCAGUUCAAAAUUUUGAAUCGGGCUGCAAUUGUCAGGAGUACAGAAGAUUCAACCACAGUCAUUGUUCCUGGACCCUGGAGACUCUGUACCGUCACACAAGUUGAAGAAACUAAGAUUCUUAUUCGCAUGCUCCCAGUUAUAUUAAGCACUGUCUUUAUGAAUACAUGUUUGGCUCAGCUUCAAACUUUCUCCAUUCAGCAAGGCACAACAAUGGAUAGAAGCAUCAGAGGCUUUCAAGUACCCGCAGCCUCGAUUCCAUUUAUUCCCCUGUUCUUUAUGUUCGUCCUAAUCCCAGUGUAUGAGCACGUUUUCGUCCCUAUAGCACGGAAGUUCACAGGAAUACCAACCGGAAUACGCCAACUGCAGCGAGUUGGUGUUGGGCUUGUACUUUCUGCAAUAUCCAUGGCAGUCGCUGGAGUUAUUGAAACCCGCAGGAAAUCGGUUGCUGUUAAGCACAACAUGGUCGACUCGCUUGAACCUUUGCCUAUAAGUGUGUUCUGGCUGGGCAUCCAGUAUGCUAUAUUCGGCAUGGCUGACAUGUUCACAUUGGUGGGACUGCUGGAUUUCUUCUAUGCAGAGAGCUCAUCAGGCAUGAAGUCAUUGAGCACAGCCAUCUCCUGGUGUUCCUUGGCAUUUGGUUACUACACGAGUACGGUAGUAGUGAAUGUGGUGAACAAGGUGAGUGGCGGGUGGCUGGCUAGUAACAAUCUUAACAGAGAUAAUUUGAACUAUUUCUAUUGGUUGCUAGCAGGUUUAAGUGUAGCCAACUUCGGAGUUUAUUUGAUGUGUGCAUCCUGGUACAAGUACAAAAAGAUAGACAUGAAGCAAGUAGACGCUGAUUCUAAGGUAGAUCCAGAGGAAACAGUUUAGGCAAGCAGAUGUAGGAACAGCAAAAUCUAGAGAUGUAGCCUUGUGGUUGUUUUUUGUCAUAAUUGUA